GAGGAUCUAACAAAACUUCAUGUGAAGCAAGAUCAGGACCUGGGCAUUAGUGAUUCCUCAGCUUUGUCAUUCCCACAAGCACUACUUGAAGAAAAGAAUCAAGAAAUCGAUCACUUGAAUGAGCAGAUGAAGAGGCUCCAGCAUGAGCUAGAGAAUACUCUGGGGAGUAAAGUUGUGGAACACCAGAAAUCUGAAAUUGAAGAACUCAGAUCACUUGUUGAACACCUUCACAGUGACCAGGAAAGGCUGCGUAAGGACAAAGAUGAAGAGGUAGAGCAACUCCAUGGAGUAAUUGAGAAACUUCAAAAAGAGCUGGCACAAUUUGGACCAGUAUGUCAUGAAGUUAGUGACAAUCAAGAUGAUCUCUAUCAACUUGCACUGGGAAAGCCAGUGGAAAAUCUUCAGAAUGAGUUGAGGAAAGGACAGGGAGAUUGUCAGGAAAAUGAUCCAAACAGAAGAAAUGCAUUGCUGCUUUCCAAAGUGAGAGAACUUCAGGAGGAACUAGAGCUUGUCUCAACUGCUAGAGAAGCUCUGCAGCAGCAACUAGAAGAGAGGGAAUUGCAGUUCAAAGUGGAAGUGGAAAUUUUGGAUAAAAAAUGCCAAAAAUUAAGAGAGUCAUCAGAGCAGCACAUUGCAGAGCUAACCUCUUUAAGAAUACAGUACAAUGCACUUCAGGAAGAGCACAGCCUUUUCCAAAAACGUUUUUCUCAGAAAGAGGCUGAAGCAAGGAUGACUUCUUCUCACAUUCAAGAACUUGAAGAUGCUGUUAGAGAAAGGGAAGCAAAUAUUCUAGAGAAAGAUAUGCAAAUGAAGACGAUGGCAGAUCAAAGAGAAGCUGAGACAACCAAGUUGCAGUACUUAACAAAAAAGGCAGCAGAGCUUCAAACCGAGUUGGAAAAAAGAGAUGCAAGUCAGGCUCAAGAUGUUUAUAGUCUUCAGUUAGAAGUUUCUAGGCUUGGUUUGCAAGUGCAAGCCCUGAAUCAGAAAGAAUUAGCUUAUCAGAAAGAAAUCAAUGAGCUGCAAGGUAGCACUGCAAAACUGAAAGACCAAAUUGAGGCCUAUGUGAAAGAGCUUGAAGCCCUACGAUUGGAAAGAGGUGAACUUAUUUCACAGUUGGAGUUGUACAAGCCAAAGGAGCAACGUGAUCAUGAAGAGAAUAACCUUUUCAAGACGUCCUGCCGGAGAGAAAGAAACGGCAAAGCCCUUAAAGAAGGAAUGGAGGCAUUGAAAGAACCGGAAGCAAAUGUUGAUCCAUCAUCUGCAGUGCUGGCUUCCCCUACUGAUAAACUGGAUGAAGACGAAUACUGUGGCAUAAAAAUGGCUGUGGAAAAAGAUGAAGUUAUGUUUGGCUUGACAGCUCGCAAUAUAAAUCCGAAAACUCAGAUUAAGCGAUCAUGUGAAAAUGUCUUGCCUCAGGAAUUGGAUGUGAUCAACAACUCUGAAGAGAAGCAAGAUUUGAAAAAGCAUUGCCAGCAAACGUUAGAAAUUCAUCAAACUCCUGAUUCUUCAAAACCCAAUUUGAACAUAGGCAAAGAUACUUUGAAAGACUUCCAGAAUUUCAUUGCAGAUACGGCUUCGUGGGGCUCACCUGAGAUUAUGAGAAAGCAAGAUAUGAGCACAGAACUUCAACCGGUGCUUCAUCUGACGCCCUUUUCGGAAGUUGGAAGCACCGAUUUUGAAACAAUGCACACCAGGUCAUCCAUGCAAGAAGAUAAUUCUGUAUUGCUGAGUUAUUCUAACCUGUAUGAAAAUGACAGUGAGGAAGCAGCAGUGGGAGCAGAUAGAAAAUCUCCAGCUUUCUCUGAAAGUACCUACUCUGUUGAUGAUGAGCAAGAUAUGGAGAAGAAGGUUUUGAUGAGAGAAGCUGAUAAUUUAACCCCUUCUGAUUUACAAGAUGAUGUAAGAUCAAGAGUAUCUGCCACAGAUGCGAUGAGCGAUGGAUAUAGCAACAAUGACAGCUCAGAUUUGGCAGCUAAACUAAAACAGGAGCUACAAACAUCAGACCACCUGGAUGCUAGGUUCGUGGCUUAUCUGCGGUACUGUGGAAUGUUUCCAGAUAUUAUGGAAUCAGUGAGAGAAAAGGAAAUGCUUUCACCACAGCUGAAGGCUGUGCUGAAGAUGGUAUACGAGGAGAGCUGCAAAAUAUUGGCUUUGUCAGAACAUCCCUUUGGUUUUACGGAGCUGAAAAAUGUUCAGCAGACCAGAGCAGCGAUGGAGGGAUGGCAGAAGGAGGUCUUAGCCUUGCUGGAUGCGAUACGGUCGCUGAAAGAUUACCUUAGCAGGGUGGCAAAUAGCAAAGAAAAGGAAUUUUCAGGUAUUGCUGCUGAUUGGAGAGGAGAACUUCUGCAAGCAGUACAGAGCGUGUUUGAGAAGGAGAGAAAUAUGUUGCAAAUUGACUUGAAGUCUCACUUCUCCAAUCCUGGGUCUGGUGAUGAAGGUUCAUUACUGGAAAAACUUGAGUAUAUCAUGAAACAGCAAGAGGAGCAGAGGCAGUUGGUUGUAGAGCACCUUUUCUCCUCAGACCGCAAUAGCUUGCUCUCGGAAAUACAGGACCUCCGAGCUCAGCUACGCAUGGCACAUCUGCAGAACCAGGAGAAGCUACAGCAGUUACAGGAAACCCUUACCAACGUGGAAGAUCAUGGGAGCAAACAAGAACACCAGCUUCGGAGGAAAGUUGAAUUAUUAGAAUAUAAGCUUCAGCAGGUAAAAUCUAUCGUAAGUGACUUGCACAGCACCUUGUCUGAGGACAAGAAGAGAGCCUCUGAAACAUGUGAACUCUUGAAUCAAGAAAAAGCAGCCCUGAAAUCAGAGCUUUAUGAAAGUAAGCAAGAGAAUGACAGGCUGCAGAAAUCCCUACAAGAGCUUCAGAGGGAAAUAAACCAGUUACGCUCUGAAUUGGAGAGAAAAGAAAAAGCUUUGACAGCUGCGCUUGAAGACUUGCAGACAGAACGUCUGAGGAAAACAGAGCUACAAGGUUUGUUUGAGGAACAACAGCUUCAGCAUAAGAAAGCAGAAGAUGAAAAGACAAAGGCUUUGGAGGACCUGGAGGCUGCCUUGGAGUUGCAGUCAGUGCAGAAUACUCAGCUGGCUGUAUCCUUAGAGCAUGAGCAAACGGUAAAUGACAAUCUCCGCAAGGAACUUCAGAUUGAGCACUCCCGCUGUGAAGCGUUGCUGUUCCAGGAGCAGACCAAACUGUCAGAGCUACAGAGAAAUUUGGAUGCUGAGAAAACCCGUUCGCUGGAGCUCCUGAAUUCCUUGAAUCAUGAACGUGUUUUGACAGAACAGUUGAGCAUGAGAGUGAAAGAAGGUGCUGCUUGUCAGCACAGGGAAUCACUGCUGGAACAAGCCUUUGUUCAAGAGCUCCAGACCCAGCUGGGUCAAGAGAGGUCCCGAACUGUGGAGCUAGCUGCUAUUAUCGAGAGAAUGCACCAGAAGGCAAUUUGCUCCAAAAGGCAGCUGGAGGCUGAAGUACAGAUUUGCUGUGAAGAAACCGAGAAGGAGAGAGAGGUCAGUGACAAAUUGCAAGCUACGCUGGAAUCUCUUCAGGGUCAGAAGCAAGAGGUAAUCCCUUCUUUAGAGGCACAGAAGGAAAGAGAGGCAAGGCUGACAGCUGACUGGGAACAACUGCAGUCACUCUUCAAGGCGAUGAAAGAGCAAGAUAGAAACAAGAAAGAGGAGAGAGAGAGCGAGCGAAGGCAGCAGCAACAAACAGAGCUAGAGAAACAGAAGGACUGGAAGAGAGAUCAAGAGAGACUGCAAAACUUGGAACAGCAACACCAGAGGGAUGAACAAAGAAUUAAAGAGCUGCAGGAAAUACUGGCAAUGUUCGAAGAAAGAGAGAGAAAUCUCCUGUCUCCAAACCGUCAGCAAGAACUAUUGUGUACCUUAAGCAAAGAUCGAAAUGGCAAACAGGCCACAACGAAAGAAACUGAAAAAUCGCAUUUGCAACAGCAGCAACAACAGCUAGAGAAGAUAAGACAGCAACUGCUCUUUGUAGCUGUGCACCUGAACGAGUUCAUUUAUAAAACUGUAGAUAAAACAGUUAAUGAUUGGUCUGCAUCAAAUGAUGACGCUGUAGCCUCUUUACUGCAGACAUUAAAGGAACUCAAAUCAGAUUUAUUGUCUCCUCCUGCAUCUCAGAUCAGAUCUACGGAUGCUACUGACUGUGUUCAAGAACUGGAAAGGGACACUUGGCAGCGAGAGAGAAACAUUUUGCAGAAUGCCCUGAAACAGGCUGAAUCUGAACUGGCUAAAGCCAGUGUUGAAAUUGAAAACAAACCAGUGGCAGAGACUUCCAGUCCUAAGUUGCAGAGAUUAUAUAGGAAGUACCUUAGAGCAGAGAGCUUUAGAAAGGCUCUAGUUUAUCAGAAGAAAUAUCUCUUGCUGCUUCUCGGUGGAUUUCAGGACUGUGAGCAAGCAACCCUCUCUCUAAUUGCACGUAUGGGAAUCUACCCCUCGCCUGCAGACCUGCAGCUUUCUGGGUCACGUUCCCGUCCGUUCACCAAGUUCAGAUGUGCAGUCAGGGCAAUCAUCGCUGUAUCAAGGUUAAAGUUUUUGGUGAAAAAGUGGAACAAAGUUAGCAGGCAGAGCGUGCAAGGCGAAACCACUUCUCACAGUAUAGGAGGUAAUACGG